GUCGGCUUAAAUAUGCGGAAUUUAAGUAGAUGAUAUCAUACUGAAUAUAUUACUAACGGUUUUAGUGUAUGGAGUAAAAGAUAAACUGUGAUCUAUAGUUAUGUCCUGUAUUAACAGAAAUUACCUUUAAUCAUGGAAUUAAAGCCUUCAGAAAUAUAUUAUUCCCAGGACUCCAUAAACAAUGUAUUUAACGAAAGAAGUCAACAUAGCUACAAACUCAUUGGAGAAACUUUGGAUGAUAUAUGUGAAGAGAGAUGCAGCGUCUUCAAAAUACCUCUAAUUUUCGUGAAGUCAGUACGCCAAAAAUGGAUAACAGCGGACAAUCGUCGACUGUGGAUGUUUAAACACCUAGAGCGUCUCGGGAAAAUAGAAACGAUCAACGUGCGUCUAACCAGAUACAUACCAAAACAGAAAAUGAAUUCAAAAAACGGUGGAGUGUCUAUUAAAGUGAGAGGAUCCCCAGGUGGGAGCUGGUAUUUGAAACCCGAUAAACUAAUUACAUCUGAGCCAGAGGCACAUAAGACUAACAUACUUAAAGAACAGUCAGUGAGUGUUUCAAAUGAUCUGCGACACCGUCGUCCGACAUUAGCUUGGUCUGAAUCACAUGAUAGUGAAGAUGAAAUAAAGUCAUCCAGCUGUAUGCCAUUGUCUGAAACGGCCAUUAUUACUCGCAAAGAACGAUAUGUCGUUACCGGUCAAAAUAUGCAGAUACCUUAUGAAACGGGUAAAGAGACACAAACAAUUCAACGAGCAGCUUCAUCAAUUUAUCAUAUGUCUCCGUCGAACGCUGUAAAUCAAACUAUAAUUCAAGGGCAUAGACCAGUAUAUGAGACAGAUACUUUGAAAUCACAGAGUUCAGCUGCUAGUGAUGAGGUACUACGAAAAGCAACAACACGCCAGGUAAAAGGUUUAAGAAAAACAACUGAAUUUCCAACCCAAUUUCUCGACCAAAACUCCGAUAGCAAUGAUGAACUUCUCAUACAACCUACCCUCACCAUCACGCAAAACACUGACAACUGCGGCAGAAGGUCUGUGAGACAUUCCUCGUUAGCAAACAACUCCGAACAUGACGAACAACUGAUAGAACGUAUUCGCGCAAUUGCUUUAGACAACGACAGCCACCACAGAAGGGCUGUUAAAAGAUCUUCAACAGAAAGCCAAUCCGAAAGAGAAGAUGAAAGCCUUUUCAGAAGGACUAUGAAAGAUUUCCCGACAGCCAGACAAUCUGUACAAGACGAAUCACUUAAACAACGUAACACUGCCGCUGUCAUAGCCCGAGAAAUCGAUAGACACGACAGCAGAGAUGUUCCACGAACCUCUGCAGCAACCAAAUCCGUACAGGACGAAUCUUUUAUAUCGAGUACCAGGGCAAUCUAUAAAGACGACUACAACAACGUCAAAGCCGACAGACAUGGCAUCGGGGCUGUUACACAAUCCUAUGCAGAAAGCAAAUCCGGACACGACGAAUCACGUAUACCGAGUACCCACACUAUCGUUCGAGAUUCCCCCAACCACGACAAAUAUAGAGGGGCUGUUAAACAAUCCUCGGCAGAAAGUCAUUCCGUACAGGAUAAAACAUUUAUAAAGAAUACCCGCCCAAAUCAACGAGAAAACGAAAGCUUAAUCAAAAUCAGUGUUAAACAAUCAUUGACAGCAAGCAAAUCCGUGUAUGAUUCACCUACAAAACAUACACACGUUGUCGACCAAGAUACCGGCAGACACCACAUAAAGACUGGUAAACAACAAUCGGCAGCAGGCCUUUCCGUAUAUGACGUUUCACCUUCACAACAUGCACGCGAUGUCAACCAAGAUACUGACAUACAUAACAGAAAGGCUUUUAAGCAAAAAUUGGCGCAAUGUCAAUCGAUACAGGACGAUACGCCUAUACAACAUACACACGCUGUCGACCAAGAUACCGAAGGACACUACAAAAAUACUGAUAAACAAUCAUUGACGGCAAGCCCUUCUGUACAGGACGAUUCACAUAAACAACUUACACGAGUAAUCUACCAUAUUACCGACAGACACCACCAAAAGAAUGUUGAACAUUCUUUGGCAGCAGAUCAAUUCGUGUAUGACGAUUCGCGUACACAGCAUACACACGUUGUCGACCAAGAUACUGACAGACACUACAGAAAGCCUGUUAAACUAUCAUUGACAGCAAGCCAAUCGGUACAGGACGAUUUACGUACACCACAAACACGUGUUAUCGACCAAGAUACCGAAAGACACUGCAGAAAGAACGUUGAACAUUCAUUGGCAGCAAGCCAAUCCGUGUAUCACGAUUCACCUACACCAAAUACAAACGUUGUCGACCAAUAUACCGAGAGACACCAUAGAAAGGCUGGUAAACAACUAUUGGCAGAAAUCCAAUCCGUGUCUGACAAAUCACCUACACAUCAUUCAAACGUUGUCGACCAAGAUACCGACAGAAACUACAGACAGGCUGUUAAACCAUCAAUGACAGAAAUCCUGUCAGUGUAUGACAAAUUACCUACACAACAUACACACGGGGUCGACCAAGAUACCGACAGACAUAACAGAAGUGCAGUUAAAAUCUCCUCAGCAGCAAGUCAUUGUGUAAAGGGCAAAACACUACUCAUGAGUACAAGGGAUGACGAAAGACAUAACAGCAAGGCUGUUAAACAAUCCUCAGCAGCAAGCCGUGCCUUAUAUGACGAUUCAUCUUUACGACAUAAACGCGUUGUCGACCACGAUAUCGACAAACAUAACAGCAAGGUUGUUAAACAAGCCUCGGCAACAAGCGUUUCCUUUUAUGACGAUUCAUCUUCACAAUAUAUACGCGUUGUCGAACAAGAUACCGACAGACAUAGCAACAAGGCUGUUAAAAAAUCCUCGGCAACAAUCCGUUCCUUAUAUGACGAUUCAUCUAUACGACAUACACGCGUUGUCGACAAAGAUACCGACAGAUAUAGCAACAAGGCUGUUAAUCAGUUCUCGGCAACAGUCCGUUCCUUACAUGACGAUUCAUCUAUACGACAUACACGCGUUGUCGACAAAGAUACCGACAGAUAUAGCAACAAGGCUGUUAAUCAGUCCUCGGCAACAAUCCGUUCCUUAUAUGACGAUUCAUCUACACGACAUACACGCGUUGUCGACAAAGAUACCGACAGGUAUAGCAACAAGGCUGUUAAUCAGUCCUCGGCAACAAUCCGUUCCUUAUAUGACGAUUCAUCUACACGACAUACACGCGUUGUCGACAAAGAAACCAACAAACAUAGCAACAAGGCUGUUGAACAAUAUUCGACAACAAGCCGUUCCUUACAUGACGAUUCAUCUACACCACACACACGCGUUGUCGACCACGAUACCGACAGACAUAGCAACAAGGCUAUUGAACAAUCCUCGACAACAAGCCUUUCCUUAUAUGACGAUUCAUCUACACCACAUACACGCGUUGUCGACCAAGAUAUCGACAGGCAUAACAGCAAGGCAGUUAAACAAACCUCGACAACAAGCCUUUCCUUAAAUGACGAUUCAUCUACACGACAUACACGCAUUGUCGACCUAGAUACCGACAUACAUAAAAGCAAGCCUGUUAAACAAUCCUUGACGUCAAGCCUUUCCUUAUAUGACGAUUCAUCUACACCACACACACGCGUUGUCGACCAAGAUAUCGACAGGCAUAACAACAAGGCAGUUAAACAAACCUCGACAACAAGCCUUUCCUUAUAUGACGAUUCAUCUACACGACAUACACGCAUUGUCGACCUAGAUACCGACAUACAUAAAAGCAAGCCUGUUAAACAAUCCUUGACGUCAAGCCGUUCCUUAUAUGGCGAUUCAUCUACACCACAUACACGCGUUGUCGACCUAGAUACCGACAGGCAAAGCCACAAGGCUACAGAACGUAAGAACAUUUGCACGAUGCAGAUGUCUAACGCUAUCUUGUGUGUAAUAUACGGACUAUUCUUAAUACAAGCUCACGUGACUGCUGAACCGUGUAAUGAUGCUUCUGACUGCCAAAGCACCACGUGUGCUCAUCUACAUCAUCAAGUGAUAGGUUAUGUGAGCUGCGAGAGGAGGGAAUGUACUUGUGUAACACCAUGUGAACCUAAUCCGUGUCAAAACCACGGUACAUGCAAUCGACACCAAGACAGCUACACAUGUCACUGCAGACAUGCGUACUCGGGCACACACUGUGAAAGUUCCGCGUGUGACGAUUUACCAUGCAGACAUAACGUUCACUCGUUUUGCCAUGUGACUGCAGAUCAUCCGUACUACACUUGCAAGUGCAUGGACCACUUCAAAGGGUCCGACUGUGACGAAAAUCAUUGGUGCUCUGACGACAACAGAUGUUCAAAUAACGGGACCUGUACACCCAUUGACCAAUCACCUUUCUAUCACUGCGCAUGCCCAAGCGGAUCUUCCGGACUGGAGUGUAAAGAUCAUGAUGCGUGCUCGAGUAGCCCAUGCCAGCACGGGGCAACGUGUCACGUGAAGGCAGCUGCUCCUUACUUCACUUGCGAAUGUAGGCCAGCAUUUAGAGGCAGUUUUUGUGAAAUUACGCAUUGCAACAGUAGUCCCUGUCCUCAUGGAAAACACUGUCACGCGUCAGCACACCAUCCCUUCUACAAAUGUGUUUGCCCGGAGGGGUACACAGGAGAACAUUGUCAAGAUCGUAAUGCGUGCUUAAGUGAUCCAUGCCAGAACGGAGCAACGUGUCACGUGACGGCAACUGCGCCAUAUUUCACGUGCGAAUGCAAACAAUGGAACAUAGGCAAUCUAUGUGAAGAAUACAAGUGUGAUGAGUUGCCAUGUAAUAAUGGAGGCACGUGUGUUCCGAUCGACCAAUCUCCACAUUACAAUUGCACGUGUGCGGCGGGGUACUAUCGACACACCUGCGAUAAAUUCAAGUGUGAUGAGUUGCCAUGUAAUAAUGGAGGCACGUGUGUUCCGGUCGACCACGCUCCAUAUUACAAUUGCACGUGUGCGGCGGGGUACCAUGGACACGACUGCCAUCGUUUAAAUCAUCACCAAAUAUCGCAUGUAACUCAACAACCAUCGACAACCACAACAUCCACUGCGCAAAGUAACGUGCCACCAUCGACAACCACAGCCCCCAUUGCGCAAAGUAACGUGCCACCAUCGACAACCACAGCCACAAUUGCGCAAAGUAAUGGAACAUAUCAACUACAUUCAUCACAGACAGGUGCAAAUGUAUGCUUGGAAUGCACAGACGCUGUUUCGCCACACACGUGUACCAGGGUUACUAUAUGUGGUUCACACGAGAGCUGCUACAUUGAUGCCUACAUAACAACGAUUGGAAGCACAAGAUACGAAAUGGGAUGCCGCGACAAACAGCAAUGCAGUGUUCAUAUUGGCCAAAGAAGUAGUUUCCAAGGGGUCGUCCGCGAUGAGGUCUUCUCGCAACAUACUUUACGAAACACGCUGGAGGGGACCGUCUCAAAACCCUUAAACACAUCUGAUGAUGAUUUGUCAACUCUGAUCUGCUCGCAAUGCUGUGACGGUGAAUUGUGUAAUGCUGGUGGAUGUGGCUUCACUGGUUUUCCUGACCUCACAACCGGCUCUCGGGGUCCAAUGUGUUUUGCCUGCGACCAACAAUCCCAAGUGGACGACUGUAACACAAUCCGGACAUGCAGCCGGGAUGAGGUAUGCUCCAUCAUGCAAUACCUGUCACCAGUCAAUCACCAAAAACUGUGGAAAACAACGUGUAUACAUGAGCAGGAUUGUCCUGGACUUCACAGAAGCUCACCUUCUUUAAUGGGCAAGAGGGAUGUUAUUGUGUCGACACAAGGCUCUCCAUGCCAUACGGCAUGUUGCAAAUCUGAUAUCUGUAAUCGGGUGUGUCCUAACUAGCCAAUAUUUCAUCGAACCUACUGGUAACCGGAAGGACAGCGAUGUCCUUACGUUAUUGUGAACAUGUGUACUACCAUACUUCUGCUAACCCUUUUUAUGUAUUUGCAAUAACAUCUUAUAAUUAUAUUCAAUAAAAUGAGUACAAUAAA